AUGGCUUUCAUGAAAUGCACACUCAGUUUAUUGAUCCUCCUCGGAGCCUCUGUCCUCUGCUGGGCUGAUGAGAAGGAUCUGUCUGUCGCUGAGCUCCUGUGGAGGGCCAACAAGGAUGUAGUGCAUACAGCAGAUGAGCCCUUUAUCAUUGAUGACAUUGCUUAUGAAAAUGAGAAUCAAAGAAAUGCUGAUCCUUGCACCUCCUCUGGCUGCAUGUGGGGAAAAUCCAGCGAUGGAAACGUCUAUGUCCCCUACGUGAUCGCCUCUCAUUACUCUUCUCGUGAGCGCUCCAUCAUUGAGCGAGGUUUGCUGUCAUUCCAAGACGUCUCCUGCAUUCACUUCAUCCCAAGAACCAACCAGAGAGACUACCUGAACAUCCAGUCCAUCAAUGGGUGUUACUCCUAUGUCGGUCGCCUUGGUUAUGGCCAGGCAGUGUCUCUGGACCGUCAGGGUUGUCUCUACCAUAACACCGUCCAGCACGAGCUGCUCCACGCCCUCGGUUUCAACCAUGAGCAGUGUCGCUCCGACAGGGACCAGCACAUCCGAAUCCUGUGGGAGAACAUCGCAUCCGGUUGGGCGUAUGCCUUUGACAAGAUCAACACAUUGAACCAGAACACCCCCUAUGACUACAACUCAGUCAUGCAGUACCACAGGUAUGCCUUCUCUGGCAACAACAAGCCCACCAUGGAGCCCAUUCCCAAUCCCAAUGUCGAAUUUGGCACGGGCACUGAGAUGAGCCAGAAUGACAUCACCAGACUGAACAGGCUGUACAAGUGUUAA